UUUUUAUAUUCGAUUAGUAAAGCACUUCAAUUCGCAAUGAGCAGAAUUGUAAUAUAUUCAGCCUUGAUUGUGGUUGCUCAAGGAGUGUCCUUUGCAGGAGCAACAAUUUCACCAGAAACAUGUGAAUCAACUCGUCAACUUGAAGAACAAUGCAGCACAUAUUCGUAUUCAGUUUUAAAGCCAAUGCUGGAUUAUUUGCGACAUGUUAGAGAAGAACUAGAAAGAAAGGAAUUGAUGAAUAGGGAAAUUCAAGAAUUAAGAGCCAAUCGGGAUUAUAACAACGGGAUCAUUAAAGAAUUAAGAAAUCAAAUUGAAUUUCAAAAGGAAACUAUUCGAAAGUUUACUGAUAUUUCAAAAAGAACAGAUAGUUGUGAUGAUUUAAUUUUCAAAUUAAGUGAUAGGAGCAAAAUGCUAUCAAAAUGUGAACAUAAUUUUAAAGAAGUUAAUAGAACUUUUGUUGAAAAAAGUGACAGUUUAGUAAAGUUUGAAAAUAACUUCAAUGAACUUAAUAAAACAUUUAUUGAAAAAAAUUUUAUGUUAUUAAAAUGUGAAAAUAAUUUCAGUGAGCUUAAAAAAAACAUUAUUGAAAAGAAUGAGAGUCUAGUAAAGUUGAAAAAUAACUUCAAUGAGCUUAAUGAAAAGUAUAUUGAAAAGAAUAAUGGGAUAUUCAAAUGUGAAAAUAAAUUCAGCGAGCUUAAUAAAACAUUUGUUAAGCAGAAUAAUGAGUUGUUAAAGCAAACAAAAGACUUACAAAUGUGCAAAACAGAUAACGAAAUGUUAAAGAUAAAUGAGAAAAGGAUUUCAGAUAGUUUUACUUCAAGUAUUCAUUCAAUAAAUAUACCUGACUAUGAUUCAUUCGAUGUGUUGUUCGAUAAUAAGACAGCUGAAAAAGACUGGAUAGUAAUCCAGCAAAGAAUAGACGGUAAAGAAGAUUUUUAUCGCGAUUGGAAUACGUACGUAGCAGGCUUUGGAUCUUUUGAGGGAGAUUUCUUUCUAGGCCUAGAGAAGAUUCAUCGACUAACGUACUCGACACGCUAUCAACUUCGUAUUCGCGUGGAAUACUUCAAUGGAAUAAUACGACACGCUGGCUACGAUAAUUUCAAAAUUGACGGCAAUGAAACGGACUACACAUUGAGCAGUUUGGGUAAAUUUUCUGGCGAUAACGACGGUCAUCCCUGGGGUGGCGACAAUUUACGACAUCAGGAAGGCAUGAAAUUCUCAACAUUUGACCGCGAUAAUGAUCGGUGGGAGAACGAGUGUGCAAAAUCUCAUAAAGCAGGAUGGUGGCACAAUCGUUGCACAGUGAGCAAUUUAAAUGGAUUAUACUCAGUGAUAGACGGCAACAAAUACACACAAAUGUAUUGGUCAAACUUUACGCCUCUCAAGAGUGUUCAAAUGAUUAUACGAAAAUAUCAACCAUUGUAAACAAAAGUUUUUAAUGAAACGAUACCUUAUUUUUGAAUUUAAUGCCCAUAUAAAUUUCACUUUUAUUUGCUCAUAGAGCUCCUAUCAGAACUUGACAGUGUGCGUAUACGUGAUGUGCUUAUUACGAACAUUAAACAAAUGAGCAUGAUGAUGACGAGGCAACAAUAUUUUAAAGCUUUACAGCCUUUAAUGGAUUUUAACCUUUCGACCUUAUUUAUCUCUUUAGCAAAAAAAAAACAAAAACAAAAUGAAUCACAUAAUAUGUUAGUUUCUAAGUGCAGAUAAUCACUAU